AUUUCAAAACACUUCAAUCCUAUCAAGGGAUUAUUUACUUCUGAGUUCCGAUUCUCAGAUAGAAAUGGCCUUCGCAUUUUGGCAAAUUGUCGAUUGGAACCACGUGGCUUUCCACUUGUGGUCAUUAUUGGGUCUUGUAUCUAUUGCAAUGACUGUUUUCGUGUGUGGUAAACCGAAAAAGAAGAAGGAUGUUUCCGGGGCCCCAUCUGCCGAGAGUCCACCACCACCACCGCCAGCUCCGAAGGUUCCUGAACCACCAAAAGCUCCACCGCCAGCUGAUGCCGUGAAGAAGAUUGAAGAGAAGGGAGAGGAAAAGAAACCCGAAGAGCCCGCGAAAUCCAAAAAGAGUGAGAAAAAGGAGAAGUCCAAGAAUGAGGGAAGCAAGAAGGAGGAGGAUAAGGAAAAGGAAAAGGAAAAAUCGAACAAAGCGGAGGAUAAAAAGUCAGAAGAUCCAAAGAAGGAGGAUGCUAAGAAGCCAGAUGUCAAAGGAAAGGAUACUUUCAAGAAACCAGUGGAUGAAUCUGCGGUCGCUCCUAAAAAGGAUCCUAAUUAUCAGACUCUCUGCGGAUUGAACAAUGAUCUCUUCGGACCGGACAAAAACCCGAAAAAGCAGUUCAAAGCACCCACAAAAGUUGAAAAAGCUGAUGUGAAAGAUCCCCAAUACGAAACAUUGAAUGGAUUGGGUGAAGAAAUGUUCAAGGACGAGAAGAAAGAUGAUGAAGGAAAGAAGAAGGAGUUCAAGCAACCGGAUAAAGUGCAAAAGGCUGAUGCAAAGGAUCCACAAUAUGAGACUUUGAAUGAAGUUGAUAAGGGAAUCUUUAAUAAUGAGGAGAAGAAGAGCGAGAAGAAAGAUGCUGAAAAGAAGGAUGACAAAGAGGAAAAGAAAUCCGAAAUUAAAUAGCUCUUGUAACUCGAAUAAACCAUUUCAUGAAAUAAUUUC